CGGCUGGCCUCCUCCAGCGCUUUGCUGCAGGUGCUGUUCCGGGCGGUCACCUUCGGGCUGAACGCCUUCACUCUGCGCUACCUCUCCAGAGAGCUCAUCGGCGUGGUCAACGUGAGGCUAACUCUACUGUAUUCAACAGUUGUCUUCCUAGCCAGGGAGGCAUUUCGCAGAGCUUGUUUGAGUGGAAGUACAAAGCGAAACUGGACGAAAACAAUUAAUCUAUUGUGGCUGACGUUCCCUCUUGGUGUUUUUUGGUCUAUUUUCUUGGGCUUAGUCUGGCUACACUUGCUUGAAGUACCUGAUCCUUCUGUGGUUCCUCAUUAUCAGGCUGGUGUAGUGGCAUUUGGUCUUUCUGCAAUUAUUGAACUUCUGGGAGAACCGUUCUGGGUUUUAGCACAAGCUCAUUUGUUUGUGAGACUUAAGGUAAUUGCUGAAAGCCUUUCAGUAGUGUCAAAAUGCAUUUUGACGGUUAUUUUAGUAGUCCUUUAUCCUCAGUGGGGCCUCUACAUUUUUUCCUUGGCUCAGCUUUUCUAUGUCAGUGUUCUGGUAAUGUGCUAUGUAAUUUAUUUUGUGAUGUUUUUGGGGUCUCCUGAAGCAACAAAGAAGUCGUUUCCAGUUGCUAGAAUGAAAGCUUUAUUACCUAACUUGAUGGAAGAUGAGACCUUUGUUAACUGGAAGGAAGCGUGGUUGACUUGGAGUUUCUUCAAACAAUCCUUCUUGAAACAGAUUUUGACAGAAGGUGAACGAUAUGUGAUGACUUUUUUGAACGUGUUAAAUUUUGGAGAUCAGGGUGUAUAUGAUAUCGUGAAUAAUCUUGGUUCACUGGUGGCCAGGUUUAUCUUUUUGCCUAUUGAGGAGAGUUUUUAUGUCUUUUUUGCUAAAGUGUUGGAAAGAGGGAAGAAUGUAAAGGAUCAGAAGCAGGAUGAUGUUGCUAUGGCUGCAAAUGUAUUAGAAUUGCUGUUGAAACUUGUGCUUCUGAUCGGCCUUACCAUCACGGUUUUUGGCUAUGCCUAUUCUCAGCUGGCUCUGGAUAUUUAUGGAGGCUCAAUGCUCAGUGCUGGAACAGGUCCAGAUCUCCUCCGAUGUUAUUCUCUAUAUGUCCUAUUUCUUGCUAUCAAUGGAGUAACAGAAUGUUUUACAUUUGCUUUGAUGUGCAAAGAAGAGGUAGACAGGUACAAUUUUGUUAUGCUGGCCUUGUCCUUCACAUUUCUCUGCAUCUCUUAUUUCUUGACCCACUGGCAUGGCAGUAUAGGCUUUAUCCUUGCCAACUGCUUUAACAUGGGUAUUCGAAUAGCUCACAGCAUCCACUAUAUCUAUGAUUACUUCAAAGAAAGCACUUACAGACCUUUGACAGGCUUGCUUCCCUCACCAUUUUUGGUACUUGUUUAUAUCAUAAGUGGAGUAAUCACUGGUUUCUCAGAGGUGGUAUUCUGCUGCGAUAAGGGUUGGGUGGCAAGGCUGAUUCAUAUCAGCAUGGGCGCUCUGUGCUUUGCAGCAACCAUCGUUACUAUGUUCUGCACAGAGACCAAGCUGAUCCACUUCGUCAGAAGCCAGUUCCUCUCCCGGUAUAUGAAGAAAGGAACAUGA